AUGCCUCUCGCUUCAUCUGCUCAGUGUGCUAGUCUGAGGUUUGACAGAGCUGGGAUUCCUCUUCCUCCGGAACUUAUGAGAAUCAUCAUGGCGUUCUGGGUCGUGCUUGACCUUCCCGUAGCGACCGCCGACCUGAAUCGCGCAAUGGAGAGCGGCUGGAUGGAGGAUCUCCGUAUACCCUACUUGCGGGGAAGCUUGCUUGCACAACCGCGUCUCUUCGCGGACAACAUAACCGCUCAACCGAAGUUAUUCACCAAGUUCCUCGAAUGGAGCAAGAAUUAUCCGCUUCGCUUCGAACUAUCAUGCACCACUCCGAUGAGAGACGACGAAAACAUUCUUUGCUCCGAUAUCUCUCUACGCACGGAUCUUUGGGGCGAGCUAAUAUCACGCCCUGAUGCCGUUGCACGGGUGAGAUACCUGAAUCUGGAGGACUCGAGAAACCUAAGGGAGUAUUCAAUGUGA